AUGGCUUCAUCUUCACCGCUCGCGUCGUCGCAACACAUCCUCUUCCAGCCGCCAAAGUCGCCCGCCUCCGUAACGACUACACCGUCCCUUGCCACUGCGACCGACUACUUCACCGGUUCGAGAAAGAGGCAGGGACCCGGGUCUCUAGACUACAAUCGCAUACUACCGGCGACUUGGACAGAGACACCGAGUUGGGCGCAGAUUGCUACACCUAUUGAUGGCCUCGUGAGUAGUGGGUUUGGGCAGAACUCAGGCUUGGUCAACGACCGCUACCACCUCGCCGGCGGUUUCGACACGCCUUCGCUGCAGGCAACCUCGAAACUGGAGCAUCUCAAGGUCAAUAAGAAUGAGUUUCGGAGACGGCUUAGAGAUGAGGAUGUGGGAGGAUAUUUUGACGAAAAGCACGCGCCCAUCUCCGGGCCGCUGGCGAGGGAGCGAAAUGGUAUAGCGAGGAUGCCUUGUACGCCAGAUGAGGCAUUGCAGAAAAGCUGGACAAGCUUCGCUUUCGGUCUCGUGGGCAGAGUCUUCAGCUUCGGUGGUAAUAUUGUCCGUGGCUUCUACGCUGGUGAUGGGCAAGGCUACGACUUGAACCGUUAUCCACUAGUAGGAACGGAUCUGCUUCAACAGGGUGUUGGACGUGCAUCCACACCCCUGCCUGGCUCGUGGGACGAGGGAGAAUUCCUAGGUGAUUUCGAGCAGGACAGCCCUGACUUCCAAUACCAAUCGCCCACCGCCAGGCCUCCGAACAAGCGACGACAGACCGAUAAGGACACUUGGGUCAUGGUCGGUACACCUGAUGCAGAGAUGGGGACCUUGAGCCCGAAGCGGAAAGUAUCGAGUAACAGCGUGCCUCGGAGUACCUUGACGGCAAGAUCACCAGCAUCACGAGCCUCAAGUAGACGGAGCAUCGCUCCGAUGCCACGUCGAGCCCAUUCACACGUCGAGGCCAACGAAAGCCCUACUCAGGCACAGCCGGCUCUACUUCAACCCUCCUUCCAACCCUGCCAUAGCAGACGAGCAUCGGUAGCGCCAACACGGUCACCUCAAGGUCGACCCGGCAGCUCGGGGCCAGGCAGUCGCUACAUGAGUCCAGAAGCCGAGCGACACGCGAAACGUCAAGCAAAACAAGACAAGACCAUGACCAGCAUGUCGCGCAAAAUGGAGGAGAUGAUCCGUCAAGCACAGGAAGCUCUGGGCACGAAGUACUCCGUUGAAGGUGAUGCCGACAUGGACGACGAGGGCUAUGUCGACGAUGAGUGGUGA